AUGGCAACUGUUUCAUAUGUGACGCUUCUAUCCGACUGGUUUCGUGUUCAUGUUCCAAUUUCUUUGAGAUCGAAUUCGGUUCACAAACAUCGAACAGGCUAUGAAGCAGCGUAUCCUCAAGUGAAGCGUCACCAUCGUCGACACUACUCAUGUCUUCCAAUAUGUUCGAAAUCGAAGAAAACAGAUUCGAUUCAAGGAUGUCCAAGUUUUGCUCGUUUUGGUCGUUAUCAAGAAGGUGACUCAGUCGAUGGCUGUUAA